AUGCCUGGCGAGGAGAAGAAGCCCAAAACUGAGAAGGAACUGAAGAAAGAGGCUGAGAAGGCAGCCAAACUUGCAAAGUUCCAGCAAAAGCAGCAGAAGAAGGCUGAUGAUGCUGCUACGGCCAAGCCUAAGGAAGCCAAGCCCGAGAAGGAGAAGAAAGCCAAGGAGGUCUUGGCGUAUCAGGGCACCACGAAGCCAGGCGAAAAGAAAGAUGUAUCUGGCGAAAUGCCCUCUGCCUACUCUCCAAGCUAUGUCGAAGCGGCAUGGUACGAGUGGUGGGAGAAAGAAGGGUUCUUCCGUCCGGAAUACGGUGGUCGUGACUUGACUAAGGAAAACCCAAAGGGAAAUUUCACGAUCUGCAUCCCGCCACCAAACGUGACUGGCACGCUGCACGUUGGACAUGCAUUGGCCACUUCGGUUGAGGACACCAUGACACGAUGGAAUCGCAUGAAGGGCAGGACGACCCUAUUCAACCCUGGCUGCGAUCAUGCCGGGAUUGCCACCCAAGUGGUCGUUGAAAAACGCCUGCAGCGGGAACGCGGCUUGUCCCGUCACGAUCUCGGCCGUGAGAAAUUUAUCGAGGAGGUCUGGCGUUGGAAGAACGAAAAAGGCCAUGUCAUCUACAAUCAGCUACGAAAAAUGGGCGCUUCGGUGGAUUGGGACCGCGCGGUCUUCAUGAUGGACCCGAAAGUGAUGCGCGCCGUGACCGAGGCCUUCAUCAAGAUGCAUGAAAAUGGCACAAUCUAUCGCUCGACCCGACUUGUGAACUGGAGUUGCACUCUGCUAUCGGCCAUUUCGGAUAUUGAGGUCGACAAGAAGGAACUGCCGGGGCGUACGCUUCUCCCGGUCCCUGGUUACGAUGAGAAAGUUGAAUUUGGGAUCAUCGUUUCCUUUGCCUAUAAGGUGAAGGGCUCAGAUGCCGAAUUGGUGGUUGCCACCACUCGUCCGGAGACUAUGCUCGGAGACACUGCCAUCGCUGUACACCCCGAGGACGAACGUUAUCGAGGCCUUGUCGGCAAGACGGCUAUCCACCCCUUUGUCAAUCGGGAGCUUCCGAUUGUGGCUGACGACUUUGUGGAUCGCGAAUUCGGGACCGGUGCGGUCAAGAUUACACCGGCUCAUGACCCCAACGAUUACGAGGUUGGAUUGCGCCACAACUUGCCCUUCGUCACGUGCAUUACGGAUGACGGCCUGAUGACCAAGGAUUGUGGCGAGUUCGCCGGCAUGAAGCGCUUCGAAUGUCGUAAGGCCGUCUUGGAAGCAUUGGAAAAGAAGGGACUCUAUCGCGAGAAGAAAGACAACCCCAUGGUUGUUCCCGUGUGCAGUCGCUCCAAGGACAUCAUUGAGCCGAUCUUGAAGCCGCAAUGGUAUGUGAAGUGCGAUGGAAUGGCGCAAAAAGCGCUGCAUGCGGUCGAGACGGGGGAGUUGAAGAUUGUGCCCGACACUCAUAUCGCUACGUGGAAGCGCUGGCUUGAGAGCAGCCGAGAUUGGUGUAUUUCGCGGCAACUUUGGUGGGGGCACCGCAUUCCAGCAUACUUUGUCUCGAUUACGGACGGGAAAACGCCCGAAGGUGAUCCAGCCGACAAUCACUACUGGGUGUCGGCCCACACCGAGGAUGAAGCCCGUCAGAAGGCCGCCAAGCGCUUCAAUGUUGACGAAAAGCACAUUGGGUUGCGCUGGGACGAAGACGUUUUGGAUACGUGGUUCUCUUCCGGCAUGUGGCCGUUCUCAAUCUUCGGCUGGCCAGAAAAUACCGGUGAUCUAAAUGCCUUCUUCCCGGGCGCUGUUCUGGAGACCGGCCACGACAUCCUCUUCUUCUGGGUGGCUCGUAUGGUUUUUAUGUCGCAGGAACUGACCGGGAAGCUGCCAUUCAAGGAGGUCUAUCUUCACGCAAUGAUUCGCGACGCUCAUGGGCGAAAGAUGAGCAAGUCGUUGGGGAACGUCAUCGAUCCAUUGGACGUCAUCAAAGGCGUGACCCUGGAGGAAUUGCACAAGCAGUUGGAAGGCGGAAAUCUCGAUCAAAAGGAAUUGGUGACUGCAAAGGCCGGACAGGCUCGCGACUAUCCACAGGGCAUCCCCGAGUGCGGCACGGACGCCUUGCGAUUCGCUUUGAUGGCAUAUACAAGCCAAGGCCGAGACAUCAACCUGGAUGUGCUCCGUGUCCAAGGGUAUCGCUUCUUUGCCAACAAGAUCUGGCAGGCCACAAAGUUCACCCUGAUGCAACUCGGCCAGGAGUUCCGACCCGAGUCGAAAUUUGAGAUUUCCGGGGACGAGUCCGAUAUGGACAAGUGGAUCCUGUCGCGCUGCGCUAGCGCCGUGGAGCUCUGUGAGGGUGGCAUGGCGACGAAGAACUUUACCCAGGUGACCACCGCUGUCUACAAUUUCUGGCUCUACGAUUUCUGUGACGUAUACCUGGAAUCAGUGAAGCCGGUCAUUUUCAACGGAUCCGAAGGAGCCGCUGCGGCCGCGCGCCGUGUUCUCUACCACUGUGCGGAGACUGGCCUUCGACUAAUCUCACCGUUGAUGCCGUUUAUCAGCGAGGAACUGUGGCAGCGACUCCCCAAGCGUGGCACCGAGGCCGCAUCCAUCGUCGUUGCUGAUUACCCGGAGCCAGAACAGUACCCCUAUGUCGAUAAGUCGCUGGAGACUCGCGUAGCUUUCGCCAUGGAUAUCGUCCGUCAGGUCCGAUCACUGCGUUCUGAUUAUGAAUUGACGAACAAGGUCAAGACCGAGCUCUUUGUCUCCUUCCUGGCGCAAGCCGACGCGCAAUCCCUGCAAGGACUCGAUGCUCUGAUCGCCACAUUGACCUCAUCAUCAAAGGUCUCGCUCUUCACAAAAGAGCAAUCAGCGCAAAUUCCUACGAAGGGCUGCUCUCACGUGACGCUCUCCUCCACGAACGCCCAGUCGACUUCCAAUAUCUACAUUUUGCUUGAGGGAAUCAUUGAUAUCGACAAGGAGCGCGCUAAGCUCGGAGGCAAGAAGGAAAAGUUGGAUGUGCAGAUAAAAAAGCUGUUGGAGUUGGAAUCAAAGCCGGACUAUGAGAGCAAGGUCCCACUCGGAGUUCGCACGAAUAAUCAAGAAAAGAAGGAGACGCUCGAAAAGGAAGUUCGCUCCCUGGAAAGUGCAAUCGCGGCCCUUGCAAUC